CACCCCGACCUCCUCCCUUCACGCCGUUUGUCGCUCUUUAUACUUCCUGGUUCAUGGAUUACAUACGAGUUGAUUUUGUGGGAUAUAUAUGAAUUACAGUGCAUUAUAUUUAAUAGAUGUAGCCUUGAACGUUGGAUGAGAACAGCCUGUUUGAGCAUGUUAAGAUGAUGUUAGCAUUUAGCUCAAAGCACCGCUGUGUCUAAGAACAGCUGCCAGCAGCACCGGAGACUCUGUGUUACUGGUUGCUGCUCUGUUUGACGUCCUGAAUCUUUGAGCCUUUAUUUGAUAGUGACAGUAGAGAUACAGACGGGGAACAUGGAGAGGGAGAGGUGGUGUAACAUGGAGAGGGAGAGGUGGUGUACCAUGGUUCCUGGACAGAUUCAAACAGGGGACAUUGUGGUGUCAUGUGGUUGGUGUCUCGACCACCAAGCCACCGGAUGUUCUGCACUUUUCAACUGUACAUUCUUCUUCUUCUUAUUAUCAAACUCUUUGUUUGGGUCAUCCGUCCUCUACGGGGACAACUCGGGGAAAAGACAAACACACAUGGCCAUUGUUGAGGAUGUUUAGUGAUCUUAUGUGGUACAGGAUGUGACAGUUUUCAGGUUCAAUAGGAUUUCAUUAAAUCCUGAAUCCUAACAGCUGAAUCCAGAGUUAUUGUCCUUCCUCCGUUCAUGUGAAUGAGACCCAGACCGAGGCUGGUCCAUCUCCAUCUUGGUUUCACUUCAGCAUCGACCUCACUUCUCAGAUCAUGAAAUGCUUCGUUACUAAUGGAAGUAAAGGGUUGGGCUUUACAUUUGUGAAAAGCUAACAAGUUUUAUCACUCGUUUAAUCCUGGAAACAAUCGUUGUGUUACUUUGCUAAUGAAGAAAACGUUUAAACAUGAGGUAUUAAAGAUCGUCUUUUUACCUCCGACAAGGACGUUAUGUUUUCGGUUCGGUUUGUUUUUUUGUCGGCAGAUUACGGAUUAACUACCGGCCAGAUUUUCAUGAAACUCGGUGGAGCGGAUCAUCACCACGGGACAUUAUUUUGGACUUAUGGAAACGACCUUGACGGAAGUCUACGCUCUUUGACUGCCCUUCUAUUUUAAAAUAUGAUUUCAUAUAGGCAGAUUUAUGGAAAUUUUUUCACGGACGUAGGUGACGCCAGACAUCCGCAGAAAGAGUAAGUAAAUAAAUUCCAGCAGACUAUUUAUGUAUGUAUUUAUAUAUUUUGUGAAAGUGAGAAAAAGGGUCAACUUUUGUAUGUGAAUUGCGUCAAUAAUGUUCAAAGGGUUUAUCUGUGCUAUUAGGACACAGUGAGAUCUGAGGGGUAGUAACUGGAACAUGGAACUGAUAGGUGAGAUAUUGAGGUUAGCUAGCUAGCAUGCUAGCCAGUUAGCAUGCUAGUUGAGCUAUUUUAGCAAGUGAGCUGGUUUGUUCAGGAACCAGAAAGAAUGCAUUCAUUUAAUUAGUCAAGAUGUACCUGUGUUUAUGUAACAGCUAGAAGAUGAGUCCUGUCAUAGAGCUCAACAGCCACCGCCCACGUUUAGAACGGCUCCGGUUCAGGAAGUGAAUUUCACUCCGUUGACUUUUUUAAUCCUCAUAUAAAGAGUUUUAAGCCUGAGAUGAAUCACGACCGUAAAAGACGUAUAAAUAUACGUGACUGUGUAUCCAGAGUGAAGGAACUACUCAUCCCAUAAACCAUUUCGAAUGGCGACUCGCUGCCUCUGGAAAUUCACAAAAAAACGUUUAAACUAACCGUUGUCAAUCUACAACUCACAUCUUGGUUUUUGUUAUUUUGUUUGUUCACAGACUCAUUGGUGUUUUCAGUCCAAAAUGGCGGCAGCUCUACUGCAGCAUCAUCUAGCAGCUUCUGUUAAAAAAUCCCCAGAGUUUCACCUCUUUACUUCUCUACUGUUUUGGAUGUUGUACACAUUUCCAUGGUAACAGCGAGCUCCACCAAUCAGAGACGUCGCUGUUACACUUAGGAUUGUGGGUAGUGUAGUUCUUCUCCAUGACAUGGCGAAUGUUUUCCUUAAAAGAAGGUUGAUAUCAUCCAGAGUGGUGAGUCUACCGUGGAUGGUUAAUAAUCAAAUCCACUAUUAAUCAUAUGACGGUGAUUUUUCUCCUCAGGAACCUCCCUGUUGAGCUCUAAACCUCCUGGUUUAAAUAAACAGCAUCAGUCAUGCAAAUGGAGCCGAAGAGGAGGAGGAGGAGGAGGAGGUCACUCUGGUCUCUCAUUACCAGCCGGCUGGUAGAUGGAUGAACAUCAGAGACGGAUCAGGUGGAAACAGAGCUGAAGAUCUCAGAGAAAUAAACUAGGAUGUGAAGAUGAAUCAUUCUGAAGCCAACGACUCCUUCACGUCUAACAUCCUCACCUUCUACGACGGACUGACAGCCCUGUUCAGCUACAACCUGCUGGUGUCUCUCCCCGCUAACGUCCACGUGGCAUGGCUGAUAGCCGGCCGAGCGGGGGGGGGGGCGUGGCCUCAGAGCUCUUCGCCCUCAAUCUGGCCGUCUCCGAGAUCCUCUUCUGCGUCCUGUCUCUGUACAUGAUGCUCCACUGCCUGCUGAAGAUGGCGCUGGACGUCGGGCUGCUGGUGCUGCAGUUCAUGAUGCAGCUCAUGUUGACCUCUCGACCCGUCUUCCAGAGCUGCAUCUGCCUGGAGCGCUACCUGGCGGUGGUGCAUCCCACCGUCUUCCUCAGGUUCCGACCUCUCCGUUACCGUUUGGCGUGCUGCGCGGUGGACUGGCUGCUGGUGCUGCUGUACUGCACGAUACCCAUCUUCACGCUGUCGGACCGACAGUCGGUGUACCUGCUCAUAUUCCAGUCCUUCUUCUUCCUGGCGCUCAUGUUGUCCUGCGGCGUCCACGUGCUCUGCGUGCUGAGGCGCCCGGCGCCCGGCGAAGGGGACAGAGAGAGCCGAGGCGACGCGAAGAGGAGGGCCUUUAAGGUCGUCCUGAUCACCCUGGUGUUCACCAGCAGCACCCAGCUCCUCCGGGCCGCCGUGCUGGGUCCGAUGCUGUUGUACGGGUUGGCGCCGGUGGUUCUGAAGGGGUUGCUGGUCAGCCUGGCCGCCGACAUCGGCGGCGGGUUCGUCACUCCUCUGAUGUACCUCCACAGAGCCGGAAAACUGCCCUGCUUAAAGUUCUGAGUCGGGUUCAGCUGCUACUGAGUAGGGCGGGAAAAUAACGAUUCACUGAUGUAUCGCAAUUAUUUUAGGAUGUGAAACAGAUGUUUUAAUACCAGAAUAGAUAUAUCUGCUUCAUCUGAGUCUAUGUGGAGGUAGAAGGAAGUUACUGCUUUUAUUGUGGUAGUCUGAGUAACGUGACGUCAUAUCCGUUCCAACCAAAACAAACCUCAGAGAGUCUAAAAUGUCAGAGGGUCGUCGUGGAUACGACCUGCACCCUCCCAUGUUAAAUCCAGUUUGGAAAGUUUAACAUUUAGUGUUGAAAUGCGGCUAAAAACAAGUUGUGAAAAGGUGAAUAGGGAGAGGGGAGAGGAGAUCCGCGAGGGGAUCCUCCAACACCGAGCGGCCGUCCCUAACCUGCCGGGUUGAAUCCCCCGGGCAGACUGCGGCGGGGGCCGGUAUCGGCAUCACACCGUCCACGGGCUGAGCCUCCAUCACAAGGACUCAGACCCCAUUUCCCCACUCCGCCCGUCGGACGGCGAUUCGGCGCUGGGCUCUUCCCUCUUCGCUCGCAGCUACGGAGGGAAUCGUGACAGGCUGCACCUCCCCUGGCGUGGUUUCAGCCUCCAGCUAACAGCGUGACGUCAUCAUGGCGUCGACACUAACGGGUCUAUAACGCGUAUCCAUGGAGCGACUGAAGGUAGCAGCAGAUGUAAAUGAAGCUUUAAUGCACCUGUUGACAUCCAGAUGAAACCGGCUCUCUAUCCAGAGGAAGAAGGAACACAACCGUCACUUUUUAUAGAAACAUCUGAUGUGUGUGUUUUUGUUAUUCUGAUGUGUUUGAGCAGGAAGUCGUGACUCCUCCACGGUGACACGUCGCUGCUUUACUCUUCAAAGUUAGAAAUAAAUAUUUCUCCAACUGCAACCCGAUGAAGAGCAUUAUUCAUGUCAUGAAAUCACCUGGGACCUUUAACAUUCAGGCUGCAGCUUUAUGAUGGAACACAUCUAAAAAACCCUAUUAAGUGCUCGUACGAGCGCGUGUACGGAAGGAAAAGAGUGCUCCGACACUUCACAGGAAUGAAAACACCAAACGCCGUAUUCAGAAGCUGCUUUGAUUGUGGAGGUCAAACCGAGAGCAGCAGGUUCAGGCAACCUCAGAUCUUCACACGACUCUACAUCCAUCCUGCUGCACACGCCCUCCACCCGCCACCCUCCACCCUCCUCCCCUUGAUGUUCAGUAACAUGAUGUAACAGCGGGCUCGGAUGGCUCCCGUGGGUGCUGGUUAGUCGACUUAAUGGACUGCCACAGCUAGCUUCAAAGAGUCGGAGUGAUGGGGAGGCAGAGGAAAAAAGAGCUGGAAGAGCAGAGAGAGAAACACGAGGGUGAAGAAGUCAUCGUCUAAGCUGACGCUUGAUUCCUUCUUUAUCUUAUAACUCAAUCAAACAACUCAGUCGCUCUGCAGCUCGUCAGACGGUCAACAGAUUGAAUCUAUUUGAUUCGUGUGCGUACACACAAACUUCACUCUUAUUGUGACGCUCAACACGAGUUUCAACAAGUCGUACAAGUUCCUACGAAAGUCCACCAACACGUGACGCAUGAGUCAAUUAUCACUCCAGUCUUUUCAAAAUAAAACUGCAUAGUUAGGUUUAAGAAAAGAUCGACGUGGUUAAGCCUAGGCAACAAUCUACUGAGUUAGGUUUAGGAAAAGAUUGUGGUUUGGGUUAAAAUAAAUCGGAAGUGGCGUAACUUAAGUACGGAAGUUACGUGUCUAUAUUUGUGUCUAUGUACACGAAUCAAUGCAUUAACUUUCGUGACUAUUUGAUGAACUGCUCUGUGACUGGCUGAAUCAGAAGGCCGUGGAUAGAGCAGUGACCUCAUGGUUGAUGACCUCGGUGUGUCCAGACUUGUAGUACUCACCGUUCACUCGGUGGAGAAAAACAAAUACAACAGAUAGUCUGGGUCUUCUUUUCUUCCUCCAGUCGUGUAAAUACAACUCUCGGUACAUGGUAGUUAGUUCCCUCCUAGUGACCACUACUUGUUUCUGCUGAAAACAGGUGGACCAAAAAAUCAGUUAUUGAUUAUUAUAGAUUUAAGUAUAGGAAUCCAUCAUCGUCAUGGUUACAGUAACAACCACGCGGUCAUAAAGAAACCAGCGUUGACCGUCGGUUGGAAACAGACAAACUGUAAUCUGUCCUAUCUGUUGACCCACCCAGCCCUCCUCCCUCUGUGGACUCUGUCGCUCUACAGCAACAUCACCUGACUUCCUCCUUUGGUCCCGACGGACAAGAGUUCCUACGUUCACUAGAGGGCGCCGUCACGUCAACGGAAAGCUGAAACCACUCUAAUUUUUGUUAAACCUCGAUUUCACUCCUAAACGGACGCGUACACGGACAGCUGCCGACACAACGGAGGCAUGGUAGUUCUGUUUAUACCGUCUGCUCGGAGAGUGCACACCACACAAUGAGCAGUAGAUCGCUACGUAGCGUAGUGGCGUUCAAAACAAACUAACGGACAGAGCCGACGCGUCCUCACGGACGUGGAAGGUGUCGGCUUUAGAGAAGAGACGAGGAAGAUGAAGAGAAACAGGAGAGAGACUGAAGAGGACGGAAAGAAGGGGAACAGGAAGCGAGGAGGAAGAGGAGGCAAGUGACUGGAAACCACAAAACUGUUCUGUGAUCAGUGUUUAUGCCUUUUGAUCCGGCCUGGUAACUGCCUACAGACGCUCACACACACACACACACACACACACACACACGGCAGGUGAAGCUUGAAGCCGCAGAUCAAUAACAUUUAGAUUAGAGGCAAACACACUCCAUGUGUUCAAACACACAGGAAGUGAUCCUGCAGCAGAGCGAGUUUGACUGUGACGUUUGAUGUUCUUUAUUCAAACAUCUCAACAUAUCCAGGGAACAGUAAAGAAAUAAGUUGGGAAAGGUUUAAUAUUUAGCGUUGAAGUGCAGCCAGAGAAUACCCACAGCCAAUCAGUAAACAGAUCCUCUGACAAGUUGACAUGUGUUACAAUGAAACACAUGAAGACGCCUCCCGGCCGUAGAAAACUAUAAUUAUUGCGGCGAGCCGCGCCUGGCCGCUGCCUGGUGUGAUUUCAGCGUUAAUGCAGCACAUCCAGUCACACAAAGACAAUUUAGAUUGUAUUUUAAUGUUUAACACCAGACUGUUCCUUUAAUACAUCUCAGACGACACCACAAGUUCUCACAGUUAUCAGAGGUUUCGCUGUUUUACAGCAAUAAAAUGAAAUGUUGUUCUCGUUAGAUCGAGUCUGAGAACUUUAACUACU